AUGAGGAAGAUGGGAUUUGCUAGUCAAUGGAUUGGAUGGAUAAUGGCGUGCGUUCGUUCAAUCUCAUUUUCUAUCAUCAUCAACGGAUCUGACUUUGGAAAUGUCCAACCAAGUAGAGGCAUUAGACAAGGUGAUCCUUUAUCACCAUAUCUUUUUCUAUUAUGUGCGGAAACACUAUCUCAAAUGCUUUCUCAAGCAGAGCAGAAAAGGGAGUUAUGCGGAAUGAAGCUGGCAAGACAUUGUCCAACGGUAUCACAUCUUUUGUUUGCAGAUGAUUCACUGUUUUUCUGUAAAGCAAGUUAUGAAGACUGUAGAAGGAUUGCACGAAUACUGCAGGAUUAUGAAGCCAUCUCAGGUCAGAAAGUUAACUUACAGAAAUCCUCGAUCACUUUUGGAAAUCGUAUUCAUAAUCACAGAAGAAAUGUCAUUCAAGGUAUUUUGGGGAUAACUAAAUUAGAAGGGGGUGGCAAAUAUCUUGGUUUAACAGAGCAAUUUGGAAGGAGGAAACCAGAGAGCUUUCAAGGAAUAGUGAAACGAGUGAAAGACAACGUUGGAGGCUGGUAUAAUCAGUAUUUAAGUCAAGGCGGAAAGGAAGUCUUGAUCAAAUCGGUGGCACAAGCAAAACCAGUAUAUUCGAUGAGCUGUUUUUUGAUUCCUAAGCAGAUUUGUGAGGAGAUUAACAGUUCACUAUCAGAGUUUUGGUGGGGUACAAAUGAGCAAGGAAGACGUAAAAUUUCUUGGAUAUCAUGGGAGAGACUGUCUAUCCCCAAGAACGAAGGAGGAAGAAGGGAAUGGGAUAACACCAUUCUUGACCAAGUACUCACUCCGGCAGAUGCAGCUGUGGCUAAGACGAUAAGAUUAUCAAGGUCUGCAAGUCAAGAUGAGGUAUUCUGGUCGUACACGGCUAAUGGUGAAUAUACCGUCAAAUCGGGUUACUGGGUAGCAACACACAUGGUGGAUGAUGAUGAUCAGAUUGAGCCACCAUUGGGUUCCUUGGCAUUAAAAAAGAGAUUUGGAAACUUCAAAUACCACCAAAGAUUCAACAUUUCAUAUGGAAAGCAGUGGCAAGAGCUAUACCAACAGCAGAAAGGUUUUUCGCAGUUCGAUGGGGGAGUGAUAAAUCUAGAAGACAACAUGUGGAAAAUGUUUCAGAUUAAAGAUUUGCAAAACUUGAUGGAGGAGAAACGAUUACUACCGUUCUGGACAGUCUGGUUGAUCUGCAAAUCAAGAAAUGAGUUUCUAUUCGCACAAAGAAAUGUACAUCCACAAGAAGAUGUCGACAGAGGGACACAAGGAGUAGCGGAGUGGAUUGUGGCAAACCCAAAUGUUUUGAAUCAAGAAAAGGAGGAAAGAAGACCAUUGUCGAGUAAAUGGGAGCCUCCACAACAAGGUUGGCUAAAAUGUAACUUUGAUAGUUUAUUUAAGGAAAACGAUGAUUUCAUGGAUGUAGGUUGGAUCAUCAGAGAUGAAAGGGGGAACUAUAUAGAAUCAGGAUAG